CAUCACUUCCGGCUGUUACCCGCUGAAACGGUCUAAGGAUUGUACGCCAUUAUUGCAUACGGACGCUACACUGCACUAUUCCAAACAUUUUGACCGGUUUUUGCUACAUUUAUCCUAUUCAUUCAUAGUUGAAGAUCUAUAAUGAGUGAUAUCGAGCGGAGUGGUAGUCGUAGUGCAAGUCCUAGAAGACCAAGAACAGCAGAUGGAGGUUUAAGAGACUCACGUUCACAUUCAAGAUCACGUAAAUCACGGGAACGUAAAGAAUCUCACCGACCAGUGAAAGAAUAUUCACGAUCACGAAGCCGUUCAGUUUCAAGAGGAAGAAAGUCAUAUCGCAGUAGCAAAUAUGCUAGUGCUGGUCACCGUGGUAGUAGUCGCAGUCGUAGUCGUUCUCCUUAUAGGGGUGGUCGAUAUUCUCGAAGCAGGUCUCGAUCAUACUCUCGUUCCCGUUACUCUCGUGAACAUGAUAGGAACAUUUAUCGUUCACACUCUCGGAGCCCCAUGUCAUCUAGACGACGUCAUGUUGGAAACAGAGAUAAUCCAUGUCCUUCCAGAUGCUUGGGUGUAUUUGGGCUUUCCAUUUUUACAACUGAACAACAAAUACAUCACAUUUUUUCCAAAUAUGGACCUGUUGAACGUGUACAAGUUGUAAUUGAUGCAAAGACUGGACGAUCGAGAGGAUUCUGUUUCGUAUAUUUUGAAUCAUCUGAAGAUGCUAAAGUAGCAAAAGAACAGUGCACAGGGAUGGAUAUUGAUGGUCGAAGAAUAAGGGUAGAUUUUUCAAUUACACAAAGAGCUCACACACCAACUCCAGGAAUUUACAUGGGAAAACCUACACAUUUACAUGAUAGAGGAUGGGAUGGACCCAGAAGACGAGAUAGUUACAGAGGAAGUUAUCGACGUUCACCUAGCCCAUACUACAAUCGCCGUCGCUCACGCUACGAUAGAUCUCGAUCACGCUCUUAUUCACCACGUAAGUUUACUUUUUGUUCUGUCACACGACCUAAUAUAAGCAGUCUACAUGGAUAUGUGUCUCCUUUAAAAAUAUUUACAUAGCAUUUAAUCAAUUAAGAUAAUUAGAUCUAACAAAAUACAAAAAUUCAUUGAUUUAAUAUUGUAUAAUUCGCCAGGAUUCGCAUUUAUGAACCUAAAAAUACAUUAAAUUAUAAAAAUACUUUAAACUUAUUCAUAAAAGAUUAAAUUAAAUGUCAAUUAUAUAUGCUAUUAUAUACAUAUAUAGUAUAUAAUAUUGAAUUUAUUGUAAAAUUUUAAAUAAUAUUAAAAUAUUUAUCAACUAUGAAAUCUAAUGUUUUACUUGAGUUUAUUUUAGUUUAAAUUAUUUUCAGAAUUUUCAGAACUAUUAAUAUACAAAACAUUAACAUAUUUUAAAGAGUUGCAUGCAAUAAAAUUUCACUGUUUGAAGUGCUUUCUCACAAAGAUUAGCUUUUUUUGACUAAACUGAAGAUACUAAACAGUGUUAAUAUAUUUCUCCUAUUCAGUGUUGUAUAUAUAUAUAUAGCUAUAUUUUAAUGAAUGAAAAACUGUAUAUUUACAUAUACAGAAUACACAUUUGAACACAAUUGUAAGUGAUUUUGAAAUUUAUAUAAUAAUUCACUUAUAACUGAAGUUCUUAAUUUAGAUUCAUAUUUUCGUAGACCGCUUAUAUUUACUUCAAGAAAAAUGUUUAAGUACAAAUAAGUAGUUAAAUUAGCAAGAAUGGAAGACAGGAGCAUCAAGGAAUGCAUCCGAUAAAUCGUACGGUAGUAACUAAGUGUAACCCGUAACAUGGGUCAAACAAUCAUAGUUUUUGUUGCUUAAUGAAUUUCAGGUCGAUAUUAAGUGACACGAGUGUGAUGCGAGAGGCCAGGUGUUUGGGAGACCAUUUGUGUGACUUGACCCUUUGACCUCAAAUUUCUUCUAACAAUACUGUACCGGGUCAAAAAAUGCAAACGCUACAUUCUUACUACUAUUCUUACCUUACCUAGUUCUGCAUUAUAUGCAAUUAAUAUACGGCAUUUAAAUUACGAUCGUACAAUAUCAGUUAAUCAAAUAAUCUAAUAUGCAAGGAAGUGUAGUAUAUUCUUUGCAUGAAAGAGUAAGGUUAGAAUGGACGCAAACAAAACCUUAUUUUCACAAUGUUUCAUUUCCUAAGAAAUUGUUAUGAAGAUAAGGUUUACGUAUUAUAAUAUGAUGCUAAUAUGUGAAGGUUGGAAUAUAAUUGUUUCUAUCUUUCUUUGAUUUCAAUUUAAUUUCAAUUUUGCUUAAAAAUUAUAUUCCAGCCAUUCUGUUUUUUUAAUAUAACUGCUAAAACGUGUUACAAAUCAGGAAAAAAUGUGGUAUUGCUAAAUGUUUAUAUAAAAAAGAAAAGUAUAAAAAUAUGGAAAGACCGAAAGACAUACAGAAAAGAAUGAAACAAAACAAAAAUAAAAUUAAAAAUAGAAGUAAGUUCUCUAACCUGUUUGUUUGUUUAUAAGGUUUUGAAUCAAGAGGUAUUGGAUGAUAGAGGGAAGUUUGAAGUUUCACUCUGAAAAAAUGAAAGUUUUGAAAAGUUGAAGACAAGAUAUCUGAAGAUGUUUGUCUUGCUCGAAUUUCGAAGAUCCGAAGGUUUUUCGCGCUUGUGACAAAGAAUAUGAUCCGAAUCGCAUUCCUUACCGGCUGAGAAGUCUCAAGCCUAGAAGAACUGCAAGCCUCAAGACAGUAAGAAAUCGUUGAUCGUCAGGCCCCCGACCUGGACAAGCCAGUGGUUGGGGGUGAAACUGGUCGAACGUUUCAGAAAAUGUUCAAGAAGCAUCGAAAUCUUUUAUGAGUAGGGAAGAGCGUAAGCUGCUCCAAGGUUUAUACCGAUCAUAUUCUUUAUCAGUUGAUUUGGUUAAAUAAUAUAUCCGUAAAUAGGUGUUAUAUAAUAAAUAAACAUAUAUACCUUCGCCCUUAUUCCCUCCACCAUCCUAAAACCUCCUAUUUAUCCUUAAGGGUAACAUCCUAUUGUUUUCACUUUGUAUAGGAAUAAGCAGCGGCAAUUCGAAUUGAAACAAUUAAUAAAUAGUGUUUUUUUAAUAUAAA